AUGAGGCUGUUCGACCUUUUCCGGGGGGUUUUCAGAUUCCCGGGACCUCAGAGACCCAGGGAUCCCUUCUUUGGAGGGAUGACUAGAGAAGAGGAUGAUGAAAAUGAGGAGAAGGAAGAAGAAGGAAAGGCUCCCUGGGGUGCCAGGUCCCCUGAGGACUUCACUUUUGGCUUUAGUUUUGGCCCUGGAGAUGAAAUGCAUUUCCACGAUAACUUUGGCUUUGACGAACUGAUUCGGGAUUUCAACCGUAUUUUCGGAGAUAUGGGGGCCUGGACCCUGACCUCCCGCCCCCCUGAGCUCCCAGGCCCAGAGCCAAAGGCCCCACAUGAGAGGCAGAGGGAGGGGGAGACCAUCCGGGAUUCGAUGUAAGAUAGUCACCAGCCUAGGAUUUUCAGUCUGGGUUGGGACAGUGAUCUGGGGCACUCAUCUCCCAAAGCUGUCCCAGACUGGGACUCCAAGAAGCCUUUGCAUGGGUUUGAUGACAUAUGGCCAGUGACCCCUGAUGCUAGAACCAGAGAGGACAAGGAUCUUGAUUCCCAGGUCUCAAAGGAGGGCCUGGGUCAAGUCCUACAGCCCCAGCCUAAAUCGUACUUCAGAAGCAUCUCUGUUACAAAGAUGACUGGGCCAGAUGGGAAGGUGGAGGAGCGGCGCACUGUCAUAGAGAGUGAGGGCAACAAAGAAACCACAGUAACCCUUCGAGAAGCAGAUGGCAGUUCUAGAGAUGAUUCAGGCACCCCAAGGCCUCCAGAUUUGGGGGACAGUGCUUCCAUCCUGAAUUCAUUCCUUGGACGAUAG